AAAAUAUUUUAUAUCCAUCAAAAGUUAAAAUAACUUCAAUCAUUACCAAUCAUUUUUAAUAUAUUUAUUAAUAUAAAUAUUAUAUAUUUUAAAAUUACAUACCAUACUAAACACCACUACACUAUACACACCUCCAUCACAUUUUCUCUCUACUUUUAAUAUUUUUUUAAUGUUUAUACUAAUUUAUUAAUUUUUUAUUUAUUUAUUUCUUAUUUUUAUUUAUUUAAAUAUUAUAAUUUUUUAAAUUAUUUAUUACCAUAUAUAUUUAAUACCAUUACCAUUUUUAAUAAUAAUAAAUUUUAUUUAUAAUAAUAUUUUUUUAUUCAAUUAAAUCAAUAAAUAAAUUUAUCUAAAAUGACAUUAGUUUAUGAUAAAUCAUCUUUUUUAAAUAUAAUGGCACAAGUAGCAGUACUUAAUAGAACAUCAAGUGGUGACUUACCAAUAAUAACUUCCAACAGUAUUUCAUUAUUAUCAUCAUCAAGUUCUACACAAAGUAUUCAAAGUCCAGUUGGUAACCCAUCAAUAAAUGUAACACCUUUAAUAAUACAAAAUAAAGAUGAGGAAAAGAUGACACUAUCUCAACUAUUAGCGUGUUUUCCCGAGCCACCAUCUUAUAUACCAAUACAACCACCACAAUUAAAUACAAGUCAGCAUAAACUCAGGAGAGAUACCGUUGUUUCACCACCAACUAUAACAUCAAAACAAUCAAGUAUAAUAGAUUCCAAACCAAAUAAUAUAAUUUUAAAUAAUAGUAUAAACAAUAUCAAUAACUCACCACAAAAACAAGAUUGUAAUAAUUUAGCGUCAGGUAAUAAUGGUUUAAAUGCAUCCAAUAAUCCAAUAAUAAUAUAUAGCAGCAGUGAGGAACUACCAAAUAAUAAUAUACCAUUAGAUUGUUCAAGCGAAUCUUCAAACUGCUCCGAUUUACUUAACCAAUCAACAAAUUCAACAUCAAACUACAAUAUUUUACAACAAUCACAACAAAAAGAAUCGAUUCAAUUAGGAAAAAGUCAAAGUUUAGAUAAUAUUGAUUUAAUCGCAUCAAACUCACCAUCAAAAGAAAUUGAACAACAAGAUAGUGGUAAUGUUACACCAAUUCCACUUUCACCAAUAUCAUCUGCCGGUCAAAGAUCAUCUCAAUCAUCUCAAUCAUCAGAAGAUUCAAAUAGUAUUAUAACAAAUGCGAAUGUUAUAACCUCACCUCCAACAUCACAAUCACCACAACCAAUAUCACCAUUGUCUGAAUCAUCCACAGCACCAACAUCAGUAACAACACAACCACCAACCACAACCACCUCUACCAAUAACACUAAUAGCACCAAUCACCCAGCCCUUUCAGUUAAUAAUAGAACCAAAACCACACAUAAUUUAACAAAUCCAAACUCACCCAACCAUAGUAAUAAAAACCAAAACAACAGUAGUCCAUUAUCACCGGCAAAACGUUUAACCAUUGCAUUCGGUAGUUUAACUAGAGGUAGUUCAAACAACACCCCACAACCUGUAUUAUCAAUUGUACCAAUUAAAUGGGAAAUCAAUUUAAAUCAAAGUAAAGUUCAACUUAAUGGUUCCUCUGCACAAGCACCAACCAAUUUAUUUGAAUCCUAUGUAAAAUUAUGUAAAGGGGAUUAUUCACCAAAUACCUCAGAUUUUAAUAAAACUUUUAAUCAACUUUUAGAUUUAGACAUCAAUUCAAAUUUAUCAAUGUUAGAAAAAGUUUAUGAAUCAAUUCUUAAAGGAAACAAUGGGUUACUCUCAUCGAAAGACCAAUUUCUCACAAAAGAUAAAUCAAAUGUUAAAUCUUUAUUAUCAGCUGUCAAGAGUGUGGUUAGCGAAGAUAUAGUAAAUGUAAAACCAAGUAAAUCGAUGAUGUAUUUUGGAAGCUUUGGUAAAACUAUUCCAAUUAACCAAGAGGUCACCGAUGAAAUUAUUUUAAAUUCUUUUGCAAGCAAAAAAGUUAAAUAUAGAAUUCUUUUGGGUCCACCAUCAAAGAGUCACACAAUAUCGAUACAAGAAAAAGAAGGUCACAUUAAUAAGAAAUCAUCAAUAACUUUAUCAUUCUCUCUUGUUUUGAAAUCAUCAAUAAAAUUAAGACGUGUUGUUGUAAUCGAAAUUGAAGGUGGUGUUAAAUACUUUAUAUUGAUUCAAGUUGAAUCCAAUAAAACAGCAUUUGGCCAACCAAUAGAAGAUUCUGAAUUAGUAGAAGAUAAUACAAGUUUUGGUCCAAUGAGCGUACCUAGAGCAUUGGUAAUUUUAAAGCAAUCUUUCUUUUCAUCUAAUGCUCACCUUACCGAAUCAAUUUUCCGUUUGCCUCCUGCCAACGAUAGUGAAUAUAAUAUAGUGAAGGAUAGAAUCAAUAGAGAGGCAAUAGGUUGUACAGAGCCACAUUGUAUAGCAACUUUAAUCAAAGUAUUUUUUAGGGAAUUACCAAAUUUACUCUUAAACGAUUUGGAUCCUCAAAUAUUCUUAAACUUUAAAUCAACCUCAAAUAGUAAUAUAGCUCAAUCUGCAAAUACUAGCAAUACAGUUUCACAAUCAAACUCAAACGAAUCAUUUACCGACCCAAAUUUAGAUCCUGUUUUUGUUGUUAAUCAAAUACCAGACCCAAAAAGAUCGACCUUCCUCUGGCUAGUAGAUCUUUUAGCUGAAGUUACCAAGUAUGAAAAUGAAAAUAAAAUGACUGCUAAAAACCUUUCAAUUAUUUUCUCACCCAAUUUAUAUAUACCUCCUUCCAAUAUUGUAUCAACUGAAGAUUCUUUUGCCAUAUCUGGUAAAGUUGUAAAUUUUAUUUUAGAAUUAAUUCAAUUUAAUAAAUCUUUAUAAUCAAAAUAAAUAAUCAAUAAUCAAUAAUAAUAGAAAUAAUAUAAUAAUAAUUAAUUAUUCAAAAAAAUAAUAAAAGUUUAAUAAAAGUUUAAUAAUAU